AUGCCAUCUCAUGGGCAGGUAGCCCUCGAAAAUGAGGCUCACGAAAGGAAAGACGCGGAGUUGGGCACUGAGCGACAACCACAACGCGCAUUCUCACGCGCAGUAUGGAAUUUCUCUUCGCAAUGGUUCUUGGUCCCUCAAGGAACCGGGGUGAUCGCGGUGAUCCUGCAUCAACUGGAUUAUCAGUUUCGAGGACUCGAGAUCAUCUCUGUGAUCAUCUGGAUCUACACAAUUGUAUUGCUGGCCGUGGGACUGCUACUCUACUUGCUCCGGAUCUGCUUGUUUCCUCGACACGUUGCGCACGAGAUUCGCGCGAACAUGAGUGAAAUUGCCUGUCUCUCGAGCAUAUCCAUCACCUUCACGACGAUCAUCCAGAUGACUGCUUUGGUACUCGUGAAAUACUGGGGUCCCGCUUGGGGAAUUGUCGCAUAUGUCCUGUGGUGGAUCACCACCUCAAUGGCAGUGAUCGCGGUCAUGGUGAUCCCUUACGUGUUUGUCAAAGUGCAAUCGCCCGGAAUCAAAUCAGUCACACCCGUCAUCCUCCUCCCACUCAUCUCAGCCUUGACGUCUGCCGCCGGCGGAGGCGUCGUCUGCCGAUAUGGCGCACUAAGCGACCGGCUUCAAGUCCCCAUCCUCGUGGUCUCCUAUCUCGAAGUCGGCCUGGGACUUGCGCUGGCCAUGGCAUUCAAUGACGUCUUCGUCACGAGACUCUUCGAUCGGUCCUUCCCAUCUCUCGAAAAAAUCUAUCAGGACAUGAUUCUAUGCGGACCGUUCGGACAAGGAAGUUUCGCCUUGCAAAUUCUGGGCUAUGUCGUCGCCCACGGCCGCUUCGCCGAGUAUAACAGCGGUACAUUCUUGACUGCCGAGGCAGCGAAACCGGUGGCUUUUGCGAGCCAAUUCCUGGGUCUUCUUGUCUGGGGGUAUGGGACGUUUUGGUUCAUUUUUGCUUGUAUCAGCAUUGUACACACGUUUCUGUCCCAGCCGGGAGGCAUCAGAAAGUCGCAUUUCACGCUCUCCGCCUGGGCGUUGGUUUUCCCGAUCGGUGUUUAUACCAAUGCCGCCGUCCAAUUGGGCUCGAUCAUGGACUCUACGGCCUUCAAAGUGUCGUCCACUAUGCUCACCAUUUUAUUGCUCAUAGUUUGGAUUGUGAAUCACAUCUUCACUAUCAAGAAUCUUUUCGGCGGAAAGCUGUUGGGUCUACGACACUCGGCCUAA